AUGGAUUCUCAAUCAUCAGAGGAUUCUCCUUUUUCUUCAUCUGUUAUAGACAGCAGCAGCAGCAGCAGCACAGAGGCAGUAUUAUGUGCAGUAAUAGGGAAGAAUUCUUCUAUUGGAUCUACACUUUCUUUAGGUAUUGCUAUAUUUGAUCCAAGAAAGUCUUCCCUACAACUUGCAGAAAUCUCCUCUGAUGAGCAUCUUACUGCUCUUGAAUCUAUACUUAUACAGCUUGCCUCUGAUGAGAGUCUUUACCAUGCCUGCUCAAUAGGGCCAUACCCUGUUGCUUCUUUUCUUAAUAUUGAUGCUGCUGCUGCUGCUGCGCUGCACCUGCUGCCGCCACCGCAGCAGCAGCAGCAGGUGCUGCAGCGUGCUGCUGCAGCAGCAGCAGCAGCAGCAGCAACAUCAGGAGGAGGAGGAGUUGGAUCUAUUUAUGGUUUAUUUUCUCGUUAUUGUUGUACACCUCUAGGCAUGCGUAGAUUACAUAUUAUUAUUACUCAGCCUCUUGUAGAUGCAGAAGAAAUCAGCAAAAGGCAUGAUAUUGUUGAGGCAUUCAUGCAGGAGGUAUUUCGUCGGGAGGUAUUUCAGAAACAUUUUCAACAUGUUUGUGAUUUAGAUAGAAUAGCAACAAGACUUCAUCGUAUACAUGCAGCAACACAGGCUAAUAAAGGAGGAAAAAAAGCACAGUAA